CUGACAAUCUAGCAAUCGAUGAGUGUUGAAUAUUCUACCGGAAGAAGAUGCAUCGGAUGGUGUCACUCAGCAGUGUGGGAGGGUUGUUGCUGUUGGUCGUGGCAGUAUUUGCUUCGAUAGUGGCGGCCGAUGCCCAUCAGACGCCAUGGAUUCUAACGCUGCAUCAGCGAAGAAAUUGUACUGACAAGAUGAUUACCAAGAAGAUAUGCCGCGGAGUGGUGAUCGACAGUUGGAGAAUAUUGACAGUGGCUUCUUGUGUCCGUUCCGGUGUUGAUUUGGUUAUAGAAGGUUCCUGUGGCGUUCCGGAUUGGGUUGUCGUUAAUGCGUCAGUGGACCCUACUGCGGAUCUGGCCAUGUUGCACAUGGACUUGCCACUUCCUCCCAGCAGAUCCCGAAUAGAAUUUUUGAAUUUUAAAAAGGCGUCUAUCGGUGAAGUACAGUUGGAUACAACGCGUGGUAUGCAGAAGGUUUCACUCUUAGAAGGCGAUGUGUGUGCAAAGACAUUCUGGAAAACUAAUGAAGGCAAACUCUUCAUCGCACCCAAUUGCUACACACUGCCAGGGAGUCCGUUAUUUUUCCAAGAAAGUCAUCGACGUGUCAUUAUAGGUUUGGUAUCAUCAAUCCCGGAGGAGUGCAACACCACAUUGUGCCCCAUCCAAGUAACAGACUUUUCCCACUACCAUGAUUGGUUCUCGCAAAUGUUUAGAGAAGAACCGAACCCCUCCAUCAAACUACCCAAUAUUCCUGCCACCGUGGUCUUCAGCUUCCUGAAACUGCUGGCUGUGAUCAGCUCCCUUGGUGGUAUUUCGUUUGCCUUCUGCUGUGUCAUGUUUCUGAUCUCCAACUAAUAAAUUAUCACUCCUGGGGACAACCCCGCUAAUCCACUCGCUGGGUCGGUACAUUUAUCCACUCCGUGUUUUCGCCACCAACGUACAU